GGGGCUUGUUUCUGAAUGCGGCGCGUUGAUUGGCUAAGCGGAUGGUCCCAGCCGGCGAAGGGCCGGACGUGCUGGGGUGGUCGCGUUGGCAGCCGGGGAUCCCGAAGGCUCUGGCAGCUGCGGGCAGCCUCGCAGAGGCGCGGGCGGAUGGCGCAAGGAUGGGCCGGCUUCUCCGAGGAGGAGCUGCGGAGGUUGCGGCAGAACAAAGACCCGUUUGAUCCCACUGAUCGGCAAAAGCGUCACCCUCCGAACAAAAGUCGACAACAGGUGCAGCGUGAAAAGGCCCUUCAGCAACAAAGCCAAAAGCUUGGACUUCAGCAUGGUACAACAUCAGUACCUCGAGAGCAGUUGCUUUCUGCCCCUAAACAGAGAGCUGACUCUCAGCCGCAUCACCCAUCUCCGACUCUUCUCAUCUCAUCUGGUGAUAAUGAAAAGCAUCAGAACAUUGGAAAUCAACAGAAAAAAGCAGGACUUGAGAAUUCCCAUAAUAAUGCCGAUAAAAAAGAUGAGACUGUUACUCCGAAACCAAACUGUAAAUUGGAAAAAAAGAAAGUGGAAGUGCAGGAAAAAUCUCAUUGGGAAGUCCUCCAGGAAGAGCAACGACUAAUGGAAGAGAAAAAUAAACGGAAAAAAGCAUUGCUGGCCAAAGCUAUUGCAGAAAGAUCUAAAAGGACGCAGGCAGAAACCAUGAAACUGCAGCGGAUCCAGAAGGAGUUACAGGCUUUAGAUGACAUGGUAUCAGCUGACAUUGGAAUCUUACGGAAUCGAAUUGAUCAGGCAAGCUUGGACUAUUCCUAUGCUCGGAAGCGGUUUGACAAGGCAGAGAGCGAAUACGUGGCUGCCAAGCUGGACCUGCAGCGGAAGACAGAGAUCAAGGAGCACCUCACGGAGCACCUGUGCACCAUCAUCCAGCAGAACGAGCUGCGCAAGGCCCGCAAGCUGGAGGCGCUAAUGCAGCAGCUGGAAGUGGAAGCUGACGAGGAGGGUCUGGAGCUGGAGAUUGAGGUGGAGAAGCUGCUGCAGCAGCAGGAAGAAGAAGGAAGGAGACAAACAGCCCUUCCGGAGGAGGCGCCACAGCCAUCUGCCAACGGCGUCACUCUAGAAAUGGCGGCCGAGGGGAGCGGGGGUCCAGAAGCGGCUGUUGGGCCGCAGGCUGCCAAGGCGGAGACCGGGGCAUGUCCCGAUCCUGGCAGGUCCGAGCAGCAGGGGGGAAAAGGUGCUGCAGACACGCUGUCCACCGAUCAGGCCACCUGAAGGGCCGGUGUUUGUGCUGUCCAGAGGAGAGGCUGUGAUGGGCUGCCAUGCUUUCUGCCGUCGGUUUAAGACCCCAUUGAAAGCCAUCAUUAUAUUAAUUUGCAAUCCCUAUUUGUGAAGUGCCAAAUAACAAUUGCAUUUUUAUUGUUAAGCACGAGUCUGGGCUUUGUGCUCGGCCCUGAGUUUAGUCAACAUCAAUCUACUUUAUGCUACUGCUGCUCUUCUGCCCUCAGCCCCUGACCACCAGAGGCCACGCAGUGGAGCAGCUUCGCUGCUGGGCUCAGAUCUUCCGGGGACCAUGUUUUCUCACCUUCAUCUAGGCCAUUUUCUGCAGAUGCUCACCCUCCCCCACCCUACUCUGAUUUUCACCUCUUUGUCAGAGAACUAUAAUCAAAACACUACCAUUGGUAUACCUGAGGUAUAUUACUGAGCUGCUCUGUUGUUCCACUGACUCUCCUCGUGACUUCACUGAACAGAACAGCUUUCCUAGGCCGCCACUCCCCAGUAUGUGUUGUUUCUCACAUUAAAAUAGAAACUCUUUGCGCCUUUCACCGGAAUGUUUGGCAGUACUGUAAGUGCUUUUCAUUCAUUCAUCAUUCACUUCCUUCACCAUCUCAUUUCAGAAGGUUUAUUUGAAGAAUGCAAGAAGAGCUGUUGCUAGAAUUUUAACUUUCCUUUUUUAAAAAUCUUUUUUCUGAUACUCAUUUAAAACAACAACAACAACAACAACUAGAAAUGACUUUCAAUGUAGUACCUUACCUGAACUGUAUUGAAUUUUGCUGGGAAAAUUUGGUAGUUCUUCACUGAUGUAGGGUUUUUUAUUUGUUUGGGAGGGAGCGAUACGUUAGGGAAGCAUCUGUUUCUCUUUUUUACUGUUGUGUAAGAUGGUGAUGGCUUCCCUCUUCUAAAUAGGUUCAUUGUUGAAUGCCUCAUCUGGACUAUAGCAGAUUUGUUAAACACUCCUCAAGAGAUGCAUAUUUGAGCUAUUAUACCGUUGACUUGCACUCAUUUUAUAAAUCACAAUGGAUAGAUUACAUGAGUCUAGGGCAUUGGGGUGUUGCCCCAUCAAACUGUUUGAAGACUCUUGGGACAAGUUCUGUAUACAAAGCAGCGGGUUUCUGCUAUUAAUGUUAACAUUGCUUCAGUGCUGCUGGUUGUCUAAAUUCAGAAGAAGACUUAGCUGUCUUAAGAGUGAAAAUGUCAUAUAAUAAGAUGUGCCAGGCAAUAAUUCAGUAAAUUAUUGCUGUUUAUGGUCAAAAAAGUUUUGCUGUUUUUUUCCCUCAAUUUGUUUUGUGUGUUGGGAGUAUAUGAACCUAAAUGACAAAAUAAAAUUUUAAAUACCAUAGCUAAUAUCAACUUGCCAUUACUCUAAUAGCUUUUCCAUUGCUUACGGCCAUUUGCUUGGGCAAUGUGGUUUACUCUAUAAACUUUUGUGUAAAUUAAGUGCUAUAAUCUCAUCAGAAAAUAUGUGGAGGAAUUUUGUAUUAAGUAUGAUGUGUAUGUCACAUACCCUAAGAAAUGUAACGAUUUCUAAACUAAAGUCAUUUCAGGUAGGGAAAGGAAAUGUGCAAUACUAAUAACUGCUCAGAAAAACUUUGGAACAUCUUAUUUAAUGUAUGGACUUAUGGAUUGGACUAUAGCUUCACUGUCAUUUUCUACUCCUGUGUAUAUAGCUAUAUAUUUGUAUAUUAUGCAGUAUGAUUGGAAUAUAACUGAAUAUUGUUACUGUCAUCUUCAAAAUCACAAACAUAGGUAAAAAAAUUACAUUUAAAUUUAUGAAUUGUAUAUAUAACAUUGAAACCUUCAGUGUCCAAGUUCAUCUUAUUUUUCUAAAAAAUAAAUGAAUCAUAUGAAUUUAUUCUAUUA